AAUCAUUCUUCACACACAGAAUUUCUCUCUCUCUCUCUCUCUCACACACACACACACACACACACCAGUCCUAAAGUUAGAGGUUAGUUUCAUAAAACAUAAUCAUCAUAUUCAUCAUUUGAACUUCUGAAGCCAUGAAAAAGAGUUUGUUCUUUUUCAUAGCAUUACUUCUGCAAAUCAUGGCUUGGAUUCCAGCAACAAGUAGGCCUUUGGCCCCAGAUUAUGAUGUUUCUUCACAACUAUCAGGCACUUAUGGAAGUACCAAAAAUUUACAAGCUCCCUACAGUUCUAUACAGGAUUCACAGGAAAUGACAGAAGCAGAAAGCAAUAGAGGAAUGAAUGAGCUAGGUUCAAGACCUCCAAAUUGUGAACGCAAAUGUGAUGGUUGCACCCCUUGUGUAGCCACCCAAGUACCCACAGUUACUGGAAAAUUAGGCAUACAAUAUGCAAAUUAUGAGCCUAUAAGCUGGAAAUGCAAAUGUGGGAUGUCAUUCUAUAGUCCUUAACUUUUUCUUUUUUUUUUGUUACUCUAGAUAGAUAAAAUUAUAUGCUCAGUCAGUGUUUCUUUUACUCUGUUUUCUGCUUCAGAAGUUCAAUUAGCUUUGUACAAAUCAGAUAAUUCAAUUUAAGACCUGAAUCAAAUCAAUGUAUAUUAAUAUUAA